AUGUCAUCGUUCAUGGAAGCCGCACGUGCUCUGUCCACCCGGGCUGGACAUGGCAAGGAAGAUCCAACAGCUGGUCGAGAGAACGUCAAUGUCCAGCACUAUCUUGGAUAUAUCUGGUGGAUCAUCGUCGUCGUCUUUUUUCUCUACCAAGUCAUCCUCUACUUUGUUCGAUACAUCCGCACAGUAGCAUGCCUGAACAACGAGACACAACGAUACUUCUCAAUUCCCAACCGGACCUACGCUGCCUUCAAGAAGCACUGUCUCGAUGCGCCUCUCUUCCGCACCCGUCACCACCGCGAGUUCAAGCUCUCUUCCGCCAUCGGUGUUGGCACCCUGCCUAGCCGCCUGCAAACCUUCUUCCUCGUCGGCUACCUGUGCGUCAACAUUGGCUUCUGCAUCUGGAAGAUCGACUACAGCACGUUUUCGUCGGGUGCUGGUGAACUGCUCAGCCGCUCCGGUAUCAUGGCCGUCAUCAACAUGAUCCCCCUGUUCCUCCUCGCUGGUCGCAACAACCCAAUCAUCAAGCUGACGGGUAUCUCUUUCGACACCAUGAACCUCAUCCACCGCUGGUUUGGACGGAUUGUCAUCCUCGAAGCUGUUGCGCACACCGUUUGCUGGAUCUCCAACAAGGUGCACACUAAGGGAUGGGGUGCCGUACAGGCGUCCAUCACUGGAAGCGAAUUCAUCAUGUCGGGUUUCAUUGUAAUCCAGGGAACCGUUGCUUUCGUCUUCCUUCUAAUUCAGUCACCAUCGCCAGUUCGCCACUCCUUCUACGAGGUCUUCUUGCACGGUCACAUUGUCGGCGCUGCCCUCGCACUCGGUGCCGUAUGGGUCCACCUUAAGGAGCGUCCCCAGCAAUUCAUGCUCUACGGUGUAAUGGCUCUUUGGGCAAUGGAGCGAACCUGGAGAUUUGCGCGUCUGGUGCUACGCAAUGUCGGCUCUGGCGGUACCGCCUGUGAUGUUGAAGUACUUCCCGGAGAUGCCCUUCGCGUAACUGUCCGUAUGGCACGCCCCUGGAGGUUCCGCCCAGGUCAGCACGCCUACCUGUACAUUCCUUCCGUCGGACUGUGGACCAACCACCCCUUCUCGGUCGCUUGGAGUGAAGAAGAGGAAGAUCUUACCAUUGCCUCUUCUGUCCCCGACGAGAAGGGUCUGCCGAUGAACCGCCAAGACAUCCUCGAGCACCACAAGACUAGCAUGUCUUUCAUCAUCAGACGCCGCACAGGAUUUACCGACAAGCUGUUCAGGAAAGCUGAUCUAUCGGCUGCCGGCAGAUUUUCUACCUCGGCAUUUGUAGAAGGGCCUUAUGGUGGCGAAGAUCUCAGCUCAUACGGCACAGUCAUGCUCUGGGCUGCUGGCAUCGGUAUCACACACCAAGUUCCCCACGUUCGUGACAUCGUUGCUGGUUACGCAAACGGCACUGUCGCUACCCGCCGCCUUACGCUUGUCUGGAUCAUUCAAUCACCGGAGCAUCUCGAAUGGAUCCGCACAUGGAUGACACAGAUUCUGUCUAUGCCCCGCCGUCGCGAGAUCCUGAAAAUUCUUCUCUUCGUCACUCGUCCACGCAGCACCAAGGAAAUUCACUCGCCGUCCUCUAGUGUUCAGAUGUUCCCCGGCAGGCCCAACGUUCAAGCGUUGGUCGACCAGGAAAUGCAAGAGGGCAUCGGUGCUGCGUGCGUCAGCACAUGUGGUACUGGUGGACUUGCUGAUGAGCUUCGCCGCUCUGUCCGCAACCGCGAGUCCCAGUGGAAUGUCGACUUCCGUGAGGAAUCCUUCUCAUGGUAA